AUGGAAAUGAAAAUGGACAUUGACCCGAGCCCCGCACACCAGCGCUCCUCGCGCAAGCACCUACGCUCUAGCGACGACGAUAAGUACUACGAUUGGAGCUCAGACAUCUCUGGACAAUUCGACGAUGCCGAAGAGGCGCACGCAGACGAGCACCGAUCGCCGGCAGCGAAGCAAUCCAAAAGACGUCGGUCAAACGACUGGCCGUUGCCCGAAGAAGCCGCUGAUUACGGAUCCCACGAUCGUCGCACCCAGCGCGGUGAGAACGGGAGUCUCAGCGUGAGCGCAAAUGGCUCAGGCUAUAAGGCGUCGCCACGCGCUUCACCCCGUGGCUCGCUCGCUUCGCUGCGCGCUCGCCAUGCCGCCGUAUCUGCUUCUAGCCCCCGCCGUCCUAGAGGACGGACAUCGCGCUUCGUCGAAGCGACUAUGAGUGAUAGUGUCAGCGAGAGACCGCCCAGUAUCUACUUCCAGGAUCAGGAAAACAAGCAACCUGGUCUUCAGCGCCGCUCAUCUGGCAUUUUUCGUUUUGGGAAGGCUAUUGCCUCGGCAUUUAAUCCCUUUGGUGGAUGGGGAAGGAACUCUGAGGGUUCGCCUAAUAAGUCGCCGCAGAAGGAUGUCAUCAACCAGGCGGAGCAGGCCUAUGCGGAAUUGAAAAAGGCAGGCUAUAAGGGUACGAAUAAGGGUCAUUAUAUGGAGGACCUUGCUGCCAACAAUGCCCACGCCGACCAGACCUGGCAGUCUAUCCAACACAAGAUAGGAUACGGUUCUCCAGUCAAAGACUUGCACUGUCGUUCAAUUGAUGAAAGGGUCCAUGCUGCACCCUCACGCUCUGAGUCUUCGGCUUCCAAACGCUCUUCUCUUCAGGAUAUGCGCCUGCCAAAGUCAUUCUUCCAGAAAUCUCAUGGAUCACCAUCUGCUUCCCCAGCAGUAUAUUGCGAUGUAACUUCUGACGAUAAUGAGCCGAUUGGACUGCGUAAACGACCCUCCCGCAGGGAACUCUCGCGCCAAACCAAGCUGCUUAAGAAAGUUAGCAACCUCGAGGACAAGCUGCAACGUGCCCGGCAGGAGCUUCAUGACCUCACGGGCAACGAGGAGCGAUCCCCAGCACUUACAGCCCAGACAAAGACCCUCAACACCGAGAUGGAUCCCGCAUCGUUCCCAAGGAAGUUUGUCCCUGGUGCCCUUCCCACUCUGCCGUCGGAAAGACUUCUGGAUCAACAGGCCGCAGAAAACGGAUCCGAAGCGGCCAGCCUGACGGCACUGCCAUCCAUGGAAGGCCGCGAAACUUUCUCUUUUGAAGAACCACGACUACCUGAAACUCCAGCUACGGCCCAAAGUCCAAAGCGGCGCUCGAAAGGGUCACAGUCAUCCAUGGGUAAGGACCGCUCUUCCCGUAAAAGGAAGUCUUUCAUUCCUGAAUCUAUUGAUAGUGGGGAUCCUCCUCAGCCCAAUUCGUCGGAAGGCAUCAACGAUCACGAACGCGAGUCCGGUCUCGAGGGUCUGAUUGACCCCGGUCUACUUAGCCCACCCGGAAAAGCGAAAUGGCAGAAAUCCGAGGCCGGCGAGAGCCCCGGCUCAGCCAAGCGCAAGCAAGCAACCGUCCACGCAGCUCCCCCGACCGAGCACGAAGAAAAGGAUGCAGGAGGAAAUGCAAGUGCUACGUGCAACAUCAAAAGGUCCCCCUACGUUCAACCCCGAAAAGUCUCCGGACUCACCCGCUCACCAAGUUCCAAGCCCACAACUCCUCUCCGUAUGAAGAAGAGUCAGACUAGCCUGCGUCCGGCGUCUUCACCUGCCGCUGCCUCGGGCAACGAUUCUCAUUCCAGUAUCUGGGCUACACCUUUGCCUGCCCCGCCAACUGACCCUCACCGCGACGCCUUCUACCACCACCCACAGCGCCAGCUCAAUCCUGAUCGUAGCCCUCUCACCCCGACACGUCCGAAGAUGGGUCAUGCUCGGAGGCGAUCUGGGUAUCUUUGUGAUGAUGAUAUUCCGCCCGUACCGCCCCUUCCCGAAGAACUUCGCUCCAGUGCUGCCAAGGUGAAUGUCAAUGUGAAAAGGUUGCCUAAAAAGAGACCUGUGCCUACUCCAGCGCUUUCUCCGUCGUCGGCUUCUGGUGCGGAUUCUGUGAUCUCUGGCCUUGAAGAUUAUCUGUGGCCUGAGGAUAUUUUCUGA